UUGCUUUUUGCGUGUCUUUGAAGUCACAAAACAGAGCUCCUCUAUUUAGUAUUAUUGGGAAGAAAACAAAUAGAAAGAGAAUUAGUGAGUCAUAAAUCAGAGAGCGAGAGAAAAGUGGUGAGACAUAGAGUGGGAGGUUAACGAAAGAGAGAACGAUGAAGAACAAAGCGUUUGGUCAGAUUAUGGAUGAUGCAGAGAAUCCCGGGUUCUUCAAGAUCCUUCGAAGUGCAGAUUUAUCGUCUGAAAUCAUGAGAGGGAUCCCUCUAAACUUCAUCAAAAGCAUCUCGGAAGAAGAGUUAUCGGCUAAGAUGUUGUUAAAAGUGUCAUGGGGAAGUUCUUGGCCUAUCAAAAUUUGUAGAAACCCAAGCUUCUACUUUAUGGAGAAAAAGGGAUGGGAUCAGUUUUUGAGCGACAAUGGAUUAGGUAAUGAUGAGUUUCUUACCUUCACACACCAAGGAAAUAUGUGCUUUACCGUGGACAUCUACCAAAUAGACGGUAAAGAGCUACUUACACCACGCAGAUCUGCAACCAUUGCUUCUAGUUCCGGUCGGAACAAGAGAGAACAAAGGAAUAACAUCUACAAAGAUGUGAAGGAGGAAGAAGACAUAGAGUCUUGGUCUGAAUCGAGCUAUCCUGGUCACAAAACAGCUGAAUCUACAGGAAGAAGACAAAGGCUUAGCUUGAGUAAUAAGAAAGCCAAGGAAACUGAGAAAUCAAAGAAGAAGAAGAUGAAGGUGGAAAGUAUUAGUUACGAUUCUCAAGAUGACAGUUUGUCUCUUGUUCCAGAAUUUACCCUCACCAUAAAGAAAUCAUACCUCAUUUUCUUGGGGAUUCCAAAGAUGUUUGAGGAGCUGCAUAUGCCAACGGAGGCAACUAUGUUCAAGAUCCAUGAUCCGGAAGGGAAAAGGUCAUGGGAUGUUAUGUAUAAGUUCAGUAAUAACCAGACAAGAUUCUGUGCUGGUUGGAUUCGUUUGGCUAAAGAACUUGGUUUGGAGAUCGGAGAUGUUUGCACUUUCACGCUCAUCAAACCUACCGAGAUGCUUGUUAGAGUCUCUAAAUAAGAGAUGAUGAAGAUAUGAUAUUAGUUUGAUAACUCUCUCAAAAUCUAGUUAAUGUGUUAGGAAUCUUUACUAAUUAUGGGUCUUAUUAACUUGUUACAUUUGUUGUUUCUCUUAAGACUUUUUAUGUUAGUACAAGUAUACAAUGGUUCUUCUAUCCGGUUUGGAAUUACAAAUUCUCUUAACCGAGUAUUAGAUCCGGUUUGAUUUGGUUUAUAGUUAAUUUUAACCAAUAUAUUACAA